CCAAAACCCUUGUUUCUGUGGGAAGAUGAAGGCCAGCUUCCUUCUCUUUGUGGUCUGUUUGGGAGCCCUUACUGUUUGUAAUGCAGGUGAUCUGCGGGAGCAUUUCUACGAGAAGAGCUGUCCUCUUGCUGAGGAUAUCGUGAAGAAGAUCACGCAGCAGCGCGUCGCUGCCAACUCGGCAUUGCCGGCGAAGCUCUUGAGGCUGCAUUUCCAUGAUUGCUUUGUUAGGGGUUGCGAUGGUUCGGUGUUACUGAAUUGUACGGCCAAUAACAAAGCUGAGAAGGACGCAAUUCCCAACCUUACAUUGGCGGGUUUUGAUGUGAUUGAUGAAAUAAAGACCAAGUUGGAGGAGACAUGCCCUGAAGUCGUUUCAUGCGCAGAUAUUGUGGCUUUGAGUGCUAGGGAUUCCGUUUCCUUUCAUUUCAACAGACCCAUGUGGAAAGUGUUGACCGGUAGAAGAGAUGGAAAUGUGUCACAUGCAUCGGAGGUCCUCGUCAACAUACCUGCUCCUUUCUCCAACUUCACCACACUCAAGCAAAACUUCGCCAACAAAGGUCUCGACGUCCAUGAUCUCGUGGUCCUGUCAGGUGCACAUACAAUUGGAGUGGGCCACUGCAGUGUCUUCAGCAACAGGCUCUACAACUUCACAGGGAAAGGAGAUGCAGACCCUUCUCUCAACUCAACCUAUGCAGCUUUCUUGAGAACCAAAUGCAAGAGCCUAUCAGACACUACAACCACUGUAGAAAUGGAUCCUCACAGCUCCCUCUCUUUCGACAGCCAUUACUAUGUGAUCUUGAAGCAAAACAAAGGUCUAUUCCAAUCCGACGCUGCGCUCUUGACGAACGAAGGUGCAGCCAAGACUGUUGAUGAGCUGACCAACUUGACUGAUUUCUUCACUGAGUUCUCACACUCUAUGGAGAGAAUGGGAGCGAUUGGAGUCCUCACGGACCACUCGGGAGAGAUUAGGAAGAAAUGUAGCAUUGUUAACUCGUCGUAAGAGCAAUUUGGAGGGUAGGGCCCACAUACUGAGACGGUCCCAUGAUUUUAACCAUUGAUUUUCUUGGUACUGCAAUAAUUAACCUGUGGUUCAAUAAAUACUCUUGAGUGAUGAUCUUGGCCUUUGAUUUUUGGAGUUGAAUGUGUGCUCAUUUUCUUGUUACCACCAUAGAUAA